GUUGUUCUGUUUCUAAAAAUAUACAUCAAAAUAGCAAUAGAGAAUUCAGUCUAAAAACAACUCACAAUUGGAUCUCACCAAAAAUACUACCAAAACAUAAUAAUAAACAGAUACACAGCUAGCUAAAAUGGCAGGAAAGAUAAAAGCAAAGGAAAUUAUAAGAAAGGCAUGCAUUGUCUUGGGCGAAAUGAUUGCCACAAUGAUCCUCGUAUGGCUCGGCUGCAUGGGAUGUGUCUCAUCUCCGAACUAUAGUAAUUCCCACCUACAGGCGUGUCUUACCUUUGGCUUUGUUGUAUUCAUUGCCAUUCAAUGUUUCGGCUGUAUCUCUGGAGCUCACAUCAAUCCCGCUGUCACUUUGGCCUUCUACAUAUACGAAAUGAUAUCGCUGCCCAUGGCAAUUGCGUAUUUCUUUGCGCAAUUGAUCGGCGCUGUUCUGGGCUAUGGAUUGCUUAAAGCUUCGUUGCCCUAUGCUGAUCUCUACAGCGUAAAUACGCCAAGUGGCGUCUGCAUCACAACUUUGGGAAAAGGCAUUCCCAUAUGGCAGGGUGUUCUUAUCGAGUUCGUCAUCACUAGCAUUUUGAUCAUGGUCUGUUGUGCAGUUUGGGAUCCACGCAAUGCCAAAUUUGGAGAUUCGGUAUCAUUACGCUUCGGAAUUGCCGUUGGGUGUUUAGCCCUAGCUGCAGGACCGUUCACUGGUGCUAGCAUGAAUCCGGCACGAACAUUUGGUCCAGCUGUGUGGAACAAUUUCUGGGAGUAUCAUUGGAUUUACUGGGUGUCUCCAAUGGUAUCAUCAGCGGGCACCGCGUUUCUCUGGAAAUACGCCUUUAAACCAACGGGUGAGAAGCCAGAGGAAGAUGAAGCAUAAGCAAAUUAACAAAUUUUUGUAAUGUACAAAUUUUACACCGCAUUUUAUAAAUUUCUAGUGUUCAUUCCAAA